AUGGCUGACACUCACAAUGACGACGACAACCAACGCCACUUCGAAUCAGAUUCCGGUGGGUGGUCCACACGUAGAGGAGAGCCGGCGGCACAAGAACAGAGGGAAAAACCAGCAAAGGGGUCUGAAGACGAGGAGUCAGGCGAGAAUUCAGGCCAGAAGGAGGAUUCCGGAGAGAAUGCAGGCCAGGAGGUGGAUUCCGGCGAUAAUUCAGGGCAGGAGGAGUCGCCGGAGGAUCCAGGCGACGAGGAGAAGGCCGGCGAAGAAGGGGAGUCGUUGUCCCUUUUUGACCCUAUUGGGGAUGAAGCGGAAAGAGACUAUUUCACAUCUUUCAGAGCAAUGGAGGAUGAAAGGGAUGAACAGAUGAACGCAUGCUGGGGACCUAAAAGGGUCACGCAUGUGAUGGCGUUGCAGGGCCAUUGCUUGACAAUAGAUAAAAUUCAAAGAGGCAAGCCACGUGAGAAUAUUGUUAUGGCGUCAGAGAGUCAAAAAGAUGAAAUGUUGUUAACAUGGUCGAGUCCACUGCCAAGUUCCUAUGAAAACUUAUUGGCAUAUGAGUUGUCUAUGUCAUCUAAGUUUCCAUCUUUCAAACCCCGAAAAUUCUUUCUAGGCACAACAACAGCAGCAUAUAAGCCAAAUGCAUUCUCGAUUGGGCCAUUCCACUACGGAGCUAACAAAACAAUCGAAGCCACACAAAUAAAAUUGAAGUAUUUGCGAGACCUCCUCGCACGAUCAAACAAUCCAGAGGAGCAUAUAGUCAGCUCACAGAAACCAUCAGAUCGAUUCAGCGAGAGGCGCGGGGCUGCUAUGCAGGGCCGGCUUAAGGGAGAUCCAAAUGACGCCAUAAUCACCAUUUCUUGUUUCCAAGAAUAUUUAAACCAUGACCUGAUUUUGCUUGAAAACCAAAUUCCUUGGAUGGUGCUUGAGCGUUUGUUUAGCUUGACCAAACUUUCUCCCGACGAAUCCCUAAUCCAACUUGCCCUUGACUUCUUCGGUAAUAUAUUCUCAUCCAAUAAACCAUCUGUUACACCAAACCAAUUCCACGAAGGUAAAAUCGAGAUCAAACAUAUCCUUGACUUGUUGAGGCAUUCCUUGCUUUUACCAUUAUCACCAGAUAAGUUCAAUGAAAAACCCACGGGAUGGGAACCCUUCCCUUGUGCUACAAAGAUCAACGAGGCCGGUAUCAAGUUUAAGAAAAAAAAAGCAGAAAGAAUAUUGGAAAUAAAAUUUAAAAAUGGUGUACUAGAGAUUCCACCUCUACUGAUUCAAGAGACAACUGAAACCAUUCUUCGAAACCUCAUCAGCUUUGAACAAUGUUGUCCAAAUUAUCCACCCAUAGUCACUUCUUAUGCGAAACUGAUGGAUAAUCUCAUUAAGAUCAGCAAAGACGUUGAGAUACUCAGCGAUAAGAAUAUUAUCGAUAAUUGGUUGAAUCCAGAGGACGCAAAGCAAUUCUUCAACAAGCUAUACUAUGAUACAUAUGUGAAGCAGUUCUUUUAUCAAGACAUUUGCCUGGAAGAGAAGAAACACCGUAAACGCUGGUGGCCCAGAUGGCGCAUUUUCUAUUUUCAAAACUACACCACCCCCUUGGCUCUGGUUUCCCAAGUAGUGGGUGCAAUUCUUUUGAUUCUCGCAUUCUUGCAGACCUUGUAUUCCAUUCUGGGUGUCGUGUGUGAUAAAAAGUGUUAA